ACGUUAUUGAAAAAUAACAUUGAGUGACUGAGUGGUGCAUGAUAUUAUCUAACUGGAUAAAUCAGUCUUUGUAAUACAGUGCCCGGACAUACAAUGUCUAAAAUAUUUGGCGAAAAGUAUCCAAAGUCUGUUUGGUUCAUUGUACUCAAUGAAUUUUGCGAACGGUUCAACUAUUAUGGAUUAAGAACCGUUUUAAUGCUAUACUUAACGACUGUUUUGAAGUUCAACGGAGAUGAUUCGACGAUCAUAUAUCACAGUUUCGUAUUUCUAGCAUAUUUCAUGCCAUUGCUAGGUGCGAUUAUUGCAGACUCAUAUUGGGGAAAAUUCAAAACAAUUGUGCGACUAUCAAUGGUGUAUGCUGUGGGAAAUGUUGUACUCACUGGUGCUUCAAUGGCAGAUAUGUUUACUCUUGAUGUUCAAAAAAUUAUUGCUCUCCUCGGAUUGUUUCUAAUAUGCGUCGGAACAGGCGGAAUAAAACCAUGCGUUCUCGCCUUCGGCGGUGAUCAGUUUCAAUUGCCCCAACAACAAACUCAAUUUCAGCACUACGUUACGCAUUUCAUGAUCGCCAUUAAUGUCGGCGCUUUAAUAUCGUCGUUCUUAACGCCCGAGCUAAGACACAGCGUACACUGUUUUGGAAGGAACUCGUGCUUUCCUUUGGCGUUCGGAGUACCAGCCGUCCUGAUGUUCACCGCCAUAGCGGUAUUCUUUGCCGGAAAAAAUAUGUACGUGAAGAAGAAGCCGGGACAUAACGUUAUUGUCAGAACGUUUGGUUGCUUGUUUUACGCAUUAAAAACGAAAUUGAAAUCGACUUCAUCUUGUCACCACACCCACUGGCUCGAUCAUGCUAAGACCGCGUACACCGAGGACGAGAUAUCGGACACGAGGGCCGCUUUAAACGCGAUUACCGUGUUCAUAGGGUAUCCGGUGUUUUGGGCGCUAUACGAACAACAGGGUUCGCGGUGGACGUUGCAAGCCAUGCUGAUGAACGGCCGUUUGAACUUUCUGAACUGGACAAUCAAACCCGAUCAGAUGCAAGCCGUAGUUCCACUUUUCGGGCUGUUAUUCCUCUUCCUGUUCGACAUGAUGCUAUACCCGUUGUUGGCGAAGAUUGGCAUCAGAAAACCGUUGCAAAAACUCACGCUGAGCGGUUGUUUAGCAAUCGUAGCGUUCCUUUUCGCAGCUCUACUUCAAAUGAAUAUUUUCGGUAAAAGUACUAUCGUACCACACGGAGAAGGACGUAUCAAUAUUUAUAACGGAUUCGACUGCGAAGUGUACGUACGUUCACCAUCACUUCGCGUAGACCACAUACGCCCACUUGGAUUGGUCAAUGUUACCUCUACUUUAAUAUCCGAUGCAGACGUUGUCGAAAUCGUAUUUCAUUUCGAUCCAGCGUGCACAUUGGUCCCCAGUGAUUUUGAAUUGAAUACUGCUUUGACAGUCAUUAAUGAAAAAGAAGUAUCCUACUACUUGAGCAGCUCAAGUCCAUACACGAUAUCAUUAAAUCGCAUUGGCAAUUAUGACAAUUUAAUGAAAGACAAAUAUGGAAACCCAAGCUUGAGAAUUUUGACCGAUCACUCAUUUGAUUAUGACCGUGACAAUGUUUCAUUAAUCAGUGUAGACGAUGACACUAACUCGAUUAACUCAUACUCCCUUUCUUCGUUUCGAGAAAUGGAUUUUAAUUCAGUGGUGGCUGGAAGGUAUAAUUUAAUCAGCGACGGUAAUACAAUUCUCACGUCCAUCAAUUUAAUGCCGGCUACAUUAUAUACGUUGACUUUACAACGGAAUGGUGAUAAAACGGACAUGAAAUUGUUCACCACGGAUGAAGGCAAUUACAUUCAUAUACUUUGGCAACUACCACAAUAUUUGUGUAUGAUCAUCGCUGAUGUAAUUUUUGUGGUCACUAGUUCUGAAUUUUCGUUUACGGAGGCUCCAGAUGAUAUCAAAUCAUUUAUAUCCGCAUUCGGCUUACUAACUACGGCGAUUGGAAAUUUGAUAGUUGUUAUAAUAUCAGCGUUAUCUAUUAAAAACCAAACAUACGAAUACCUGCUAUAUGCUAGUAUUAUGGGCGUUGACACAUUGUUAUUAGCUUAUUUUAGUGUUGUGUAUCGAGGACGCAAUAUAACAAACGUAAAUGAAACUGCGUCAAAUAAUGAAGACAAGAAAGUAGAAAGUACAGUUUUUUAAUAAACUAUAUUUUUGUAUAUAUUUAAUAAAACGUAAAAUCAUUUGAAAAAACUUAUUCCCAAGUAUUAUUCUUUAAAGAAUUACAUAUUUUUUUAUGAAAAUUAUUGUAUUUUACUUAAAUGUUUAUAUAGUAAACACUGUUGCAUGCUAACUAAUCAAUACAAUUUAUAAUGACAUUUUAUAAAUUA